CUUGGCGCUUUUGUUUUGCCAUUCACACACGGACGGACGCAAACGUGCGCCAGUCCCAACGCGGUUUCUUUUUCGGCCAUACUCUGUGUACAAUUUAUACAUGUAUUUUGUUUGUGAUUUAACCGGUGGCAUCCUUUGGUGACGUCGGCGCCACAGUCCCAAUUGUGGACGCCAUUGGAAGCGCGUUUCAGUUAACGGCUGCAUUUCACAUAUUUCAUAGCUAUUUCUGUUAAAUUCGCUGUUAAUAGCAGAACUGUAAAUAUAAUAAACGAUGCGCGUGUGUGCGCCUGUGUGUGUCUGUGUUCGUGUGUGCGUGAGUAUGUUCAGUGCGCGAGCCAAUCAGUACAUGUGCGUCUAUUGUCGAACAACCCAGCAGAGCUCGGGCUCACCACACUCCCUACUCGAAUUCGUGAGAGAGCGUUGAAAAGCGAUCGGUAUAAAUAUUAUCAUGCGCAAACAACUGCGAUCAGUAUAUAAAGUCACCACACGCUGCCUAGAUGUCCGAAAGGCGUACAGUACCAGACGAAUGAACGAGAUUAAGGUGCGUGGAGUUGCCUCGGGGCCGCCCAUGCCCAAGACCCUGAAGCCAACUGCCGACAGCAAUGGCUGGCCAAAGAGGCACGACGAUGAAAGGAAACAGCCUUUUGCGGAUCUGGUAUUCUAUCCGGUCGGACGCCCAGCUAUGCCCAACGAUCAGGAUGCCAACAGUAUUGCACGUGAGGAUGCAGACUACAAUACAGCCAUUGAAACGCUGACAAAGCUACAGGGCAACGGCGACAGCAUACGCAACUCCAUUUCCGACAAAAAGUUGAACUCGCUGGUGCACACCCUCAAGUAUCUGGAGCGCAGCGGACUAACAUUGGACGACGUGGAGCAGCUGUCGGUGAUCCAUGUGGCCGGCACCAAGGGCAAGGGCUCUACGUGUGCGCUGACCGAGUCGAUAUUGCGACAAUAUGGCGCACGGACGGGAUUCUUCAGUUCGCCGCAUCUGGCGACGACGAAUGAGCGGAUCCGGAUCAAUGGGGAUCCGCUGGCCAAGGACAAGUUCACCAAAUACUUUUGGCUCGUUUACAAUCGUAUGCUGGUGCAGCGCGAACAUGAAAAGGAUAUGCCGGCAUUCUUUAUGUUCCUGACCAUUGUCGGCUUCCAUGUGUUCAUUGCGGAGCGUGUGGAUGUCGUUGUGCUCGAGGUGGGCCUCGGCGGUGAGCUGGACUGCACGAACAUAUUGCGGAAUGUGCGCACGGCGGGCAUCACAUCGCUGGCCCUGGAGCAUACGGCCCUGUUGGGCAACACGCUCCGCCAGAUUGCCUGGCAGAAGGCGGGCAUCAUAAAGCCGGGCGCCCAUGUCUAUACGCACGUAACACAGCCGGAAUGCUUGCAGGUGAUCUAUGAGCGUGCCGCCGAGCGCAAGGCCCAGGUGUUUCAGGUGCCCAGCACGGACGCCUAUCUACAAAAUGCGGAUAACUUCAAUGAGUAUGUACGCCUGAAUGCCUCGCUGGCCAUACAGUUGUCGUACGAUUGGCUGCGCCAGACGACGGGUCGACUGCAUCACGAUUAUCCGAUCAACGAGCGGCACAUAACCAGCGAGGUCCUGCGCGGCCUGAACGCGGCCAAUUGGCCCGGACGCUGCCAGCUGGUCGAGUAUCAGAAUAUGCGUGUCCACUUGGAUGGGGCGCACACCGUGGAGAGCAUACGGGUCUGCUGCGACUGGUACCGGAAGAGCAUCAGGCACAGUCGCAAUCCAAAUAUUUUGGUAUUCAAUCGCACGGGAGAUUCGGAUACAAAGGCCAUACUGCAUGUGCUGCAGCAGACGUGCGCCUUUGAUAUGAUCUGCUUUGUGCCCAAUUUGGCGACCGCCAAGCCCAACGAUCCCAACCAGGCGAACCUCCACUGCAGCCCCGAGGCGCAGCGUCAGCGCGCCCAAAGCAUAGCCGCCACCUGGCAGCAGCUAUGCGAUUCCCAGCAGCAGCCGAAUCAUGGACAAAUGUAUAAUACGGUCUGGGAUGCAUUCGUUGCGAUCCGUACGCGCUAUCCCUACAACAUUCAGCUGGAUGUCCUGAUAACCGGCUCCAUACAUUUGCUGGGCGCUGUCAUUACCGUACUUAACGAUUUCCAUUCGGAGCCGCCGCCAACGGCAAAUGGACACACUUGAUGCACCGGCUACGACGGGCUCGGUCGAUCGCAUGACAUGUAAUUGGAAACUAUAUUUAUAGUUCUAUGUACGCCCCUUCCUAAACUAAGACUAGGCAUUUAAUACAUGCCCCCCCCUUUAUAUAUUUAGAUAUAUAUAUACAUAUGUAUAUUUUGUAAACAUUCAACUGAUUCUUUCUAACCACACUUCACUUCCAUAGUUUACACUCGCUGGAAAUGUGAGAUUCUCGUUUUACAACCAACAAGUUUUCUAUCAUUGGAAUUAUUGUGUCGAGCCAAUGAGUUUCUAUGGAAAUGUUAUGAAACCCUUCUGAUUCAUUUCGCCAAAUAGAACUCCAAUUGAGCAAUGCUUUCUUAAUAGUCUGGCAAUUGCGCAAUGUGGCAACCCUUUUAGUAACUGUAGCUUUUAGGCCUAACCCCACUUAUUUUUUAUAUUUAAUAGCCUAUGCAAUAUUGUGUAUAUAGUAAAAUAGUAAAAAAUCGCAUAUUAUAAUUGAAAUUUUGGUAUAAUACACACAAUAUUUCACUUGGA